CAAAGAAUUUGAGACCGAGAUCACCGCAUCGACCGGCAGUCGGCGCCUUCGCAGAGGGAGGGGCACUAUGGGAACGCUGGCAUGACGUGGAGCCAGCCUUCCCAUACGUUCCCAACGGAUUCAGCUGUGGAAGAAGACGACGACGAACGCGCGAGCAGGGGCACGAACAAUUGCUGAUGAUUAUAGGUAUGGCUCGCACAGAUUUGUUGACGGACACGAAAUAUGCACGGCGGCCCAGCUAUAAUUAAGCAGCAUCACUUGAAAAAAAAAAGAAUUAGUAAAUCCCUGCUGCGGCAGAAACGACCCCAGCGCCACACUUCCUCGAGUAACGUUGGCAUGAAACUCUGCAGUGGGUGUGUGCCAUGAAUAGAGUUCGCGAGCAGUGAAGAAGACAGAGACACCGGCUGCCUAGUCUCACUGUUCCACAAGCGGAUUGCAGCGUCGGUCUACUGACUUUAUCAGAUUCAUUGCCUGGGACACUUCUCUAAAUUUUGCACCAAGAUGAGGCAGCCCGCCCCCGCCUACGGCUUCGCCCCUGGCCCCGGCUUCGCCCCUGGCCCUGGCUUCGCCCCUGGCCCUGGCUCUGCCCCUGGCCCCGGCUUGGCCCCUGGCCCCGGCUUGGCCCCUGGCCCCGGCUGCGCCCCUGGCCCCGGCUUGGCCCCUGGCACCGGCUUCGCCACUAGCCCCGGCUUCGCACCUGGCCCCGGCUUCGCACCUGGCACCGGAUUUGCCCCUGGCCCCGGCUUCGCCCCUGGCCCCGGCUUCGCCCCUGGCCCCGGCUUGGCCCCUGGUGCAGGCUUGGUCCCUGGCGCCGGCUUGGCCCCUGGCGCCGGCUUGGCCCCUGGCCCCGGCUUGGCCCCUGGCCCCGCCUUGGCCCCUGGCGCCGGCUUGGCCCCUGGCCCCGGCUUCGCCCCUGGCCCCGGCUUGGCCCCUGGCGCCGGCUUCCUCCCUGGCGCCGGCUUCGUCCCUGGCUCCGGGUUCGCACCUGGCCCCGGCUUCGCCCCUGGCCCCGGCUGCGCUCCUGGCCCCGGAUUCGCACCUGGCCCCGCCUUCGCACCUGGCACCGGAUUCGCCCCUGGCCCCGGCUUCGCCCCUGGCCCCGGCUUCGCCCCUGGCCCUGGCUUGGCCCCUGGCGCCGGCUUGGUCCCUGGCCCCGGCUUGGCCCCUGGCCCCGGCUUCGCCCCUGGCCCCGGCUUCGCCCCUGGCCCCGGCUUCGCCCCUGGCGCCGGCUUCGUCCCUGGCCCCGGGUUCGCACCUGGCCCCGGGUUCGCACCUGGCCCCGGCUUCGCACCUGGCCCCGGAUUCGCCCCUGGUGCAGGCUUGGUCCCUGGCGCCGGCUUGGCCCCUGGCGCCGGCUUGGCCCCUGGCCCCGGCUUGGCCCCUGGCCCCGCCUUGGCCCCUGGCGCCGGCUUGGCCCCUGGCCCCGGCUUCGCCCCUGGCCCCGGCUUGGCCCCUGGCGCCGGCUUCGUCCCUGGCCCCGGCUUCGCCCCUGGCCCCGGCUGCGCUCCUGGCCCCGGCUUCGCACCUGGCCCCGGCUUCGCACCUGGCCCCGGCUUCGCCCCUGGCCCUGGCUUGGCCCCUGGCGCCGGCUUGGUCCCUGGCCCCGGCUUGGCCCCCGGCGCCGGCUUGGUCCCUGGCCCCGGCUUGGCCCCUGGCCCCGGCUUCGCCCCUGGCGCCGGCCUCGUCCCUGGCCCCGGGUUCGCACCUGGCCCCGGGUUCGCACCUGGCCCCGGCUUCGCACCUGGCCCCGGAUUCGCCCCUGGUGCAGGCUUGGUCCCUGGCGCCGGCUUGGCCCCUGGCGCCGGCUUGGCCCCUGGCCCCGGCUUGGCCCCUGGCCCCGCCUUGGCCCCUGGCGCCGGCUUGGCCCCUGGCCCCGGCUUCGCCCCUGGCCCCGGCUUGGCCCCUGGCGCCGGCUUCGUCCCUGGCCCCGGCUUCGCCCCUGGCCCCGGCUGCGCUCCUGGCCCCGGCUUCGCACCUGGCCCCGGCUUCGCACCUGGCCCCGGCUUCGCACCUGGCCCCGGCUUCGCACCUGGCACCGGAUUCGCCCCUGGCCCCGGCUUCGCCCCUGGCCCCGGCUUCACCCCUGGCCCCGGCUUCACCCCUGGCCCUGGCUUGGCCCCUGGCGCCGGCUUGGUCCCUGGCCCCGGCUUGGCCCCUGGCCCCGGCUUCGCCCCUGGCCCCGGCUUCGCCCCUGGCCCCGGCUUCGCCCCUGGCGCCGGCUUCGUCCCUGGCCCCGGGUUCGCACCUGGCCCCGGCUUCGCACCUGGCCCCGGAUUCGCCCCUGGCCUCGGCUUCGCCCCUGGCCCCGGCUUCACCCUUGGUCCCGGCUUCGCCCCUGGCCCAGGCUUAGCCCCGAGUAUGGGAAGGCCAUAUGAUGUCGACGCGGGCAUACCUCCCGCCGAGCCCCCCAUGGAAAACCCAUUCGCCGACAAGUUUGUGCGAAUAGGUUUCAUCUGUAAAGUGUACGCGCUUCUCUCCGUGCAACUGCUGAUAACCACGGCCGUGGUCGCUGCCUUUCUAUUCGUGCCGGAACUCAACAAGUUCACGAAGAUGCACAGACUUCUCGUGGGUGUUGUCGGACGCUUAAGAUGAUCUACGCCUGUGCCGCAUCUGCAGUAUUUUGCGUUUACGUCAUCAUCGAAGCGCUACUCAUCGUGGGUGGUAAAAACCGGGCGGGCUUCUUACCGCCCGACGACUACAUCCUGGGAGCGCUGAUGCUGUACAUGGACGCCACCAACAUCUUCUUCUACAUGCUGCGAAUAAUCCGCGAGUUGAAACGCGACGAUUGAAGUGGAAGGGGGCGCUGCGCCCUUUGUCGCUGUCUCCACCUGCGUGCGCUUUGCGGCAGGCAGGACUCACUGCAGUACCCAACGAGGGUGGCGAAGCAUUUGUGAAGCCCGGUCAUCGUCAGCGCCUCCUACGAUUAAAAAAAAACUGCUUCGGUGUUGAAGACGCCGGUGAUUUUAGUGAAUUAGAAACCCCCGUAUACGCCCGCCUCCAACUCGGGCUUCACUCGAAGCUCGAUUUGUUCACGUUAUCCACCCACAUUCUCUCUGCGGAAAUAUUUGAUUGUUAUACAUAAACCAUUGCCGAGUUUAA